GCCAUAUUGCCUCGCUGACGCCGUGGCGUAUGUUGCAAUGUUGCCAUGGGUCGGUUCCUUCUAGAGCUCCAGGCGAGUCCCCACUGCCACGGAGUCCUCUCACGGCGUUUCCCCACUGCCUUCGAUGAUUACACGCAGGCACACCAGCAGUCUCAGGCUGAUGCAGACAAAGCUGCAAAAGAAGCGGAUGCUGGGAUGGAGGAUGCCCUCAAGGACACCUCGGAAUCCUCGAAGGAGCUUGGGAUGAAAAUUGGGCGAGAGCAGUCGGGCGAAGAUGAUGCCAUGAAAGUUAAUGCACUUGGUACUGACGACAAGGCGAAAUGCAAAGACGGGUGCCGACUUGGGGAUGGUGCAGGUCUUGCCAUUGGGCCGCCACCAGAAGAAGACUUCAGUGGUGCUACUGGGAGUGGCUCUGCGGGCGUUGCAUUCCCAGGACAAAGUGGUGCCUCUGGCCAGGGACAAGGUGUAGCUGGCCAAGGCGGUUCUGGCCAAGGCGU